GGGAGCUCCGGCCAAUCAAAGCCGCAGCUCUCCGGAGCAGGUGGCUGAGGAAGCAUGACAUCAUGCACGGCUCUGUCUCUCCCAGCUGCAAACUCAGACCGAAACAUAAAUGCGUCCCCGCAGCACUAGAAGACGCGUCCUUCAUGCACAGUGAGAUUUGACGCAGCUUUCAGCGGAUUCUGUGAUAAGAGGCGCUGAUGCGCGCGCGCCAGAGACAAGGGGGGCAGAGGAAUGGCGGACGGGGACGGCGCCGAGUCUGUGGAGUGGGACAGCGGUAAUCGAGCCUUCAGUGCGUAACCUGUGCAUCCUGUGGAGCCUGGCUGUCUUCAUGGAUCCAGAAAAGACUCUGACUUUCUGCCUUGGGCUGCAGGCUAAUGAGAUGACGAUGUCCCUGCAGGGGCUGGUUUCACCUGAAGCUUCAACAGUGCCUCUGAGGGAGAAAGUCAGCAACACAGUUGAUGAGCAAGGAGGAUCGGUGGAUCUCUUUGGAAAGGUUCUCCCUGCUACACCACCUGUCUUUGUCCACCAGGUGGUGGAGCAUCACGUCGGCUCAGGCAGGCAGCCUGUGGUCAGUCCCAAAUACUGUCCAGGAGCCAACAACAGCCCGGCUUACCGGUGUGAAACAGGACACUGCUGUGGAGAAACAGGCUGCUGUACCUAUUAUUAUGAACUCUGGUGGUUUUGGCUGCUGUGGACGGUGCUGAUCCUUUUCAGCUGUUUCUGUGCUUACCGUCACCGCCGAGCCAAGCUGAGAAUCCAGCAGCAGCAAAGGCAAAGGGAAAUCAAUCUGAUUGCCUAUAAUGGAGCCUCUAACUUUCCGUCCUCAAUGCUGGAUCUCAGUUUUCUGACUUCCCUGAAGCUGCCCACCUAUGAGGAGGUAGCUGCCUGCCCCGGCACGCCUCCACCUCCAUAUAGCUCCAUCUUCGCCCUGCAGGGAGGGACAACUGCAGAGCCAAGCUCCUCUUACCCCCAUCAUUACCACCACCGGCACCCCUGCCCUCCGUACCUGGGCCCCGGUCCCAGUGGGCUGACCUCCUCUCAGAGCUCUGACAACUACACCAGUUGUUCCUGCGAGUCCUGCUCCCUCACCUCUCCAUCCAGCACCUCAUUCUCUGUCCAGGUGACCGACGAGACGUACAACAGCAGCCACAUGUCCACCCCUAGUGAAGCUGGGGGUGACUAUGUUGUUGAGUCUUCCCCGUCACAAGUUCCCCCUGAUGUUAUACCUGCUGCCACUCCUGAUGUCAUACCUGUGCAGCGACCCUCCUCUGCCGGCAGUGACAGACCCUCAACUCCUUGUCCUCCAUUUUCCCUCCCUUUAUAUUCACAACCUUCACAUCCCGCCCGCCUCCCGCUCUCCCCCCUUGUUCUGUUAUCCUCUGCUCCUCCAGGUCAGGUUCACUUUCUCCUGCCCUCUGACCCAGCAGCUGAUGUGAAGUCUGCACCUCAUGAUGUAACACCCUCCUGUUCUGCACAGGAUCUGCACUCACCAAAUGGAGAUAAUCAUGUUAAAGUGGAGCAAAAACCAGACGGAGAAGAAUACGAGGAGGAAGAAGACGAUGAGGAUCAUUUUAGCCACCGACGGCUUACAGGCGACUCUGGCAUCGAGGUGUGCCGCUGUCAUGUGAGGAGAGGGGAGGAGGAGCACCACCAGAAAGGGAAUGUGGGUAAAGGAAACGGGGAUGAAAGCGCUGGAGUUUCUCUUGGAUCAAAGCUCAAUGUCCAACCAUCCAUGCUGGGUCCCCGUGAGGUGCUACGCAGCGAGGCUCCCCCCUCCUCCACUGUUAUCUACAAGGCCGGUGACGCCGUCAUUACUUUGGAGACGUCGUAACCAGACAACCGGUCUGAGGUGGUUUAAUAAGCAUUAAUUAGAAGGUAAUGCUUUACAGCAUUCCUAUAGAUCAGCACUAAUAGGUAAAGAGAGGGUAGAUCACUAAAGGAAAGUCUUGCAGAUUAUACUGUCUUAGGUUAGAUAGAGCUUUUCGAUCACUCUUUCUGGAAGAACUAACAACCAGAGAAAUCAAACAUCGAAAUGAUUAAUGCCUGGGUUAAUGACAAGAUAUCUUGCUUCUGUCUUUUCUUUGCUGAAAAUAGUAUAGCAGUAGCUCAGUCUUUGCAGUUACCCAGCAUGCAUUGCAUGCAAACUAUGUCUGUAAUCCUUCUCUCCUCAUUUAUGUUUAGUUCUGAUCCAGCUUUGCUCUAGAAAGGGCGCUGUAAUACAAAAAAAAUUUAUAUACUUAAUUCAUGCAUCUAGUUCUGGUGGGCUUCAGAAACUCCAAGGGAAACUGGGAGGGCAAUUUAUUUAAAAAAAACUUAAAAAGGAUUUUGACAGGAGACUUUUAGAGAUGCACAAAUAAGUUAGUUUUUACUUGACUGGCUUCAAUUGAUGAUCAAAAAGUCAAAUAAAGAAUUACUUUUAUUUCCUCCAUAAGUUUCAUUCAUCAAAACUAAAAAGUUCUAGCUUUUAGGGUUUUGUAAAUACGUUAUCCGACUGUUAUGAGAUUGCCUUGAAUCAUAUAAGGGGAUAACAUUGUAGUUCUUUAUUUUCUGUUGUAUUUAAGGAUUCUACCUCAACCAAAGAAAUUCUUUUAUUUUUCCUUCACUGUUUCAUCAACCUUUACUGAUCCUGAAAAACCAGAAUAAGCCAAAAUCUAAAUCAGCAAACGCUAAAGGCAGAUUUAUACCAGUAUCAGCUUGUAAAAGUCUGAUCAGCACAGCUUUAAUUUUUAUUUUUUUUACUUACAUCCGUGUGUGGAAUCGGAGAAAGCUAAAAUCCAUUUCAUUUGGAGAAUUCAGCAACUGUUAACUUUUUUUUUAUGUAAUCCAGCAAAAAGAUAAGGAUCCACUGCCUUACAUACCACUGUUCUCACCAUGCAUUAAAGUGCAAAGCACACCAACAAGCCUGUGUACCGGUGAAAAUUUUCUGCAGAAGCAGAAGAAUAUGAAAGUUCACUCCUCGGUGAGUCAUAGGCAUUUCUAUUUUUAGAGGUGCAGCUCUGAAACUAAACUGGAUAGCAUAAUGUAGUCCUAACUUUCUUUCUGCAAACUUGGAAUAAUGAACAUUGAACACGGGAAUGCUGAAGAUGUACAUUUUUACCAGCCUGCAUCCCAAUGCUUGUACAAAAAGCCAGAACACAGCUGUGUUUUUAAAGCUUUCCUUCCUUUAUAGUGUCCCCACUUCGUUAUUUCAGACUGUUAGGUGUUCAUACUGUAAUUACAAAGUGUUUAACUUUGAACUAAAAGUGUCUUAGCCUGUUUCCAGUUAACUGUUCCUCCAUGAAAUGACUGUUGAGUCUUUAUAUUAAUAUAAAAUCACAUUUUGACAACUGAUGAUGAAUGUAGAAGAGUUAUGCAUACUAAAAAAACAAAGUACAGUAAGCUGCAGGGAAAACUGCGGCAGGACAAUGCAGUCAGACAGCUGGGAGCUUUAAAAAUAAAUGGACAGCUUCCAUGUAUUUCCAUGUUUUUGUAAUAAUAAAGGCGGGAGUUUAUGAGAUGAGGUUUUUAAUUUUCAGGCCUUUGCCUCAUUGAAUUGAUGUAAGAAAAUACUGAGGUGAACUUG